AGAAGGAGGAGGAGGAGGAGUGUGUGCGAGCGUGUGUGGCUGGGGGAAGCCAUUGCCUGUUUAAUAGUUGCUGUUGCUGCACUUCCGCUUCUCUCCCAGCGAGAGAGAGACACGAGUGGCCAGGCCCAGCCGCAGCCGCAGCAGCAGCCGCCGCGGCGGCACGGAGGAGCCAGACACAAAGAGAGGGGCUGUUUGCGGGGUGGGGUGGGGGGUUCGCUAUGUCGGAUGACGAUUCGAGGGCCAGCACCAGCUCCUCCUCAUCUUCGUCCUCUAACCAGCAAACCGAGAAAGAAACAAACACCCCCAAGAAGAAGGAGAGUAAAGUCAGCAUGAGCAAAAACUCCAAACUCCUCUCUACCAGCGCCAAGAGGAUUCAGAAGGAACUGGCAGACAUCACUUUAGACCCUCCACCUAACUGCAGUGCUGGUCCCAAAGGCGAUAACAUCUAUGAAUGGAGAUCAACCAUUCUAGGGCCUCCAGGAUCCGUGUAUGAGGGGGGUGUAUUCUUCCUUGAUAUCACUUUUACACCUGAAUACCCCUUCAAGCCUCCAAAGGUCACAUUUCGGACAAGAAUCUAUCACUGUAAUAUUAACAGCCAAGGAGUUAUUUGCUUGGACAUAUUAAAAGAUAAUUGGAGUCCAGCACUAACCAUUUCUAAAGUUCUUCUUUCUAUCUGCUCCCUUCUUACAGACUGUAAUCCUGCUGACCCUUUGGUGGGAAGUAUUGCCACUCAGUAUAUGACCAACAGAGCAGAACAUGACAGAAUGGCCAGACAGUGGACCAAGAGAUACGCUACAUAAAUUGGGUCUUCACAAUUCUUACAUUAUUUGUCUGUCACAGAGAGAGCUGCUUAUGAUUUUGAAGGGGUGGGGGAGGGUGGGAGUUGGUAAAGAGUAGGGUAUUUCUAUAACAGAUAUUAUUCAGUCUUAUUUCCUAAGAUUUUGUUGUAACUUAAGGUAUCUUGCUACAGUAGACAGAAUUGGUAAUAGCAACUUCUAAAACUGUCAUUAGUUCUGCAAUAUUAGCUGAAAUGUAGUACAGAGAAUAGACAUUUGGGUUCAGUUGCUUGUAGUCUGUAAAUUUAAAAUAGCUUAAUUUUGUACAGGUUAUACACAUGGCCAUUUAUGUAAAGUCCUUCCAAGACUACACAUUUUUUGUUCAAAAAAAUUGGAAUUUGUUUUUCCUUCUUGGGAGGGAACAUCGAUAUUUAACAGUUUUUAGAGACUGUCAUCUCAUAUAUAUAAAAUGGAUAUGUGGCUAUAAGACACCAUAUAGGAAAUGAGUAGUUACGUAUUUUAUUUUAUAUACCAAUCUACUUUAUUGUGACAAGAUGAGAGGUUUGAAUCACGACUUGUGAAAACCUGUAGUAAAAUACCUUAAGCUGUUAACUGUAAGGUGUGGAAUAGGAGUUGCUCAGUGGAUUGGUUAUAUGUUGUGGACUGCUUAAGUCUGCAUUUGUUACUGUGCUAAUAAACAAUAUUAAAACCACCACCUAA